AUGGAUAAAUACGAAAAAAUUAAAAAAAUUGGUGAAGGAUCCUACGGUCAAGUUUUUAAAUGUCGUGAUAAAGACACAGGUGAAAUUGUGGCAAUAAAAAAAUUCAUCGAAUCUGAUGAUGAUCCAGCUAUUAAACGUAUUGCUAUGCGAGAAAUUCGAAUGUUAAAACAUUUAAAACAUGAAAAUCUGGUGAAUCUCAUUGAAGUAUUUAAAACAAAACGAAAACAUAAACUUCAUUUGGUAUUUGAAUAUUGCGAUCGAACUGUUCUUGACGAACUUGAAUCACAUCGAAAUGGCGUACCGGAAAUGAUGAUUAAAAGAAUUACUUAUCAAGUAUUGAAUGCCGUGGAUUUUUGUCAUCGACAUAAUUGUAUUCAUCGUGCACAACAACUUGAAAUGACGGAUUAUGUUGCAACGAGAUGGUAUCGAGCACCAGAAUUACUUGUUGGUGAUCGUCAAUAUGGUACUGCUGUUGAUGUAUGGGCAGUUGGUUGUGUUUUUUGUGAAUUGUAUUCGGGUGUACCAAUAUGGCCUGGUAAAUCAGAUGUUGAUCAAUUAUAUUUGAUUCGAAAAACAUUGGGCAAUCUUAUUGAUAAACACGUAACUAUAUUAAAAAGUAAUCCACAUUAUAGAAAUGUGCACAUACCUGAACCUGAUACAAUUGAACCAUUAGAACAAAAGUUUCCAUAUGUUUCUGAACGAAGUCUUGAUUUUAUGAAGAGUUGUUUAGUUAUGGAUCCGGAAAAACGUUUUACAUGUGCUCACCUUUUACAACAUCAAUAUUUUGAUGGUUUUAAUAGUGAGUAUGAACGGGAAAAAAAAGAACAAAUAAAACAAAUACAACGUGAACAACAAAAACUAAUAUUACAACAACAACAACAGCAGCAACAACAACUACAACAACAACAACAGCAACAGGCUAAGACUCAAAAUAGUGUUUAUGUAUCUGCUACAGGACCAAAUAAACAAUCAAAUCAAGGCAAAACUGUUUCAAGUUUGCCGGGUAUCACAGGUACACCAUUUUCAAAUGCACAUUCAACAUCGACUAAUCAAGCUGAUUAUCCAAGACCAAGUCGUCUAGAAAAUUAUAUGGAGCCUGAUUCACGUGUUAGUAAUGUACCAAAACAAAGAUUUGGUAAUACUCAAUAUCAAAAUAAUACAACAAAUGAAUCAGAUUUACCUGUAAAACCUCCACAACAAUCCAAACGUAAUACAACAACAAAUGAAUCAGAUCCACCCAUAAAACCAUCACCACAAUCAAAACGUAAUACAUAUGGAGAUAAUUAUACACAUUUUCCAAAUAUUUAA